AUGGCUAGUAACGAGCCGCAACCCGAUCCAACAGCCAACAGCAAGACUGAAAAUCCUUCAGAUGAUGCUCGCGCCGAUGUCACAGCCGCUGUUGAGGAGCUUCUAAACUCUCUGUCUAACAAAUUUGCUGGUGUCUCGUCAGAAAUCUUUGCGAAAAUGGAUGAAAUGUCUCGGAGGCUGGAUAAUCUCGAAGCAGCUCUUCAAGAGAGCAAGGCGAAAGAUGGAGGAUCAACAAAGUCGUCGUGA